GUCGCGAAACGAUUACUGUUUACACGUCAUUUUUUCACAAUUCUAUAUUUAAAAUGUAAACAAAUGUUUGUUUAUGUAUUGAGUGAAAUAUCUCAUAAUUCUUACGCACGAUGUCGAAAAUAAAGUUUACAAGUAAUGUGCCCGUGUUCAGUUUGUUUGUGUUAUUAUUAGUGGUUGUUCAUGUUUUUUGCAAUAUAGUGGUAACCGAACACGAACAUGUUCAUUGUACCCAUGAACACCCAAGGGAGGACCAAGUAAUCCGCGGGGUUCACAUAGAGCCAGCUCACAUAGUGAAGAAACGAAGUAUAGACCAACCACUUAGAAUAAGUAUAGUUUACGACCAUUCAGUCUAUAGGUUAGAACCAGAGAAGUUUGAUAUGAUAAAUAACACAAUACUGCCUGAUGCCGUCAAGUUUUGGGAGCAAGCCUUGAAGGUUAGGAAGACAGGAGGUCCUAUAAGGUUGAAUAGAAAAUGUCCCACGAGGCAGGUGUUUGUGCGUGGCGGCAGAUCCCACUGUAUAGAUUCGUGCAGUGCCGAAACUAUGUGUGGGGAAGUGAGGGUGCCAGAGAAUCAUCUUAAUCCAUGUUACGUCUGCAACAGCACAGGGCACAACUGUAGAGCGUUGCCGCGGCUCAAAACGAGGUCGUUUGACGAAGAUGUCAGCACCGAACUCAAUGACAACACUUUGAGCAAUGACACUCAAGUUUCUUCGUUCGAGGAGGAGGAGGUGGAACCUGAGGGUGUGGAGGACACGGACUUCGUCCUCUACGUGAGCGCUGUGGAGACGGAGCGCUGUCGCCGUGGCCUGACGGUCGCGUACGCGUCCCACUGUCAACAGGAGUCAGCAUUAGACAGACCUGUAGCCGGCCACGCCAAUUUCUGCCCUGGUGAGCUGUCAACGAAGUACAGAGACCUGCCGUCCGUGCUGUCCACUGUCAAACAUGAAAUGUUACACGCUUUGGGGUUCAGCGUGUCAUUGUUCGCAUUUUACAGAGACGAUGAUGGCGAACCGUUGACUCCGCGACGACCGGACACGGGGAACCCACCGUUGGACGAGGAGCUACAAAUACACAAAUGGUCCGACAGAGUGGUGAGGAACGUAACACGUAAGCGCUGGAUGAUCCGUGGCGGGUACAUCGACAGGACCUUCCACAUGGUCGUCACGCCCAGGGUUGUCAAAGAGGUUAGAGACCAUUUCAAUUGUUCCGAGCUGGAAGGUGCAGAGUUGGAGGACCAAGGUGGCGACGGCACCGCCCUGACACACUGGGAGAAGAGGGUCUUUGAGAAUGAGGCGAUGACCGGCACGCACACGCAGAACUCGGUGUUCAGCAGGAUCACGUUCGCGAUGCUGGAGGACACGGGCUGGUACCGCGCCGACUACGAGCACGCCGCGCCGCUCGACUGGGGCCGCGGGCUGGGCUGCCAGUUCGCGAUGGCCUCGUGCAAGCAGUGGCUCAACGCACAAAGGUUGAGACGCAAAAACCCAGCGCCAUUUUGCGAGAGGAUCAAAGGCAACCCUCUGAGGACGGAGUGCUCCCCACGGAGGACGGCGGUGGUGCUGUGCAACCUGGUGCGCCAUGAUACCAUACUCCCGAGGGCUUAUCAGCAUUUCGACGUGCUGCCCAACGUGCCUCCAGGAGACGAGGCCCACUACGGCGGCUCCGUGUCCCUGGCUGAUUAUUGCCCGUACCUCCAGGAGUUCACGUGGAAACACAAGAGCGUCCUCGUGAGGGGCAGCAGAUGUGUCUACGAGGAGAAUACACCAAAGACUGAUGUUAACUUCGCUUUAGAGAACUAUGGGCAACACUCGAAGUGCUUCGACCACAGCGACAGAGUUUGGGAGCAGAAAUCUUGCAGACAGAUAAGAGAAUGGCAACACUGGGGUUCGGGAUGUUAUAAAUACAAAUGUGAAAGUGGUCGACUGCAUAUUAUAGUUGGUAAUUACACGUACACGUGCUACCACGCCGGCCAAGUACUCCAAGUGAGGAUCAUCAAGAAAGGCUGGCUGCACAAGGGCGGCGUGGUCUGCCCGCCCUGCAAGGAGAUGUGCGCUGAAGAGUUUGCUUCUCGCCGCGAAUACUGCAAAGUUGGAGAGGAAGCGUUACCACCGAACCUGUAUCCGAACGAUGUUCUAACGUGCGGAGUUCCCGCGCUUUCGCCCGCCGCCAUCUUGUUGUCUUCCGCCAUUUUGUUGAGUGUGCUCCGCGUUCUUUGAACUGUUGUCUACUGUGAUCGUUUGUGUUGUAAUUUGAGACGUGUCGUGUACUUAGUAUAGUGUCUAUUUAUACGAUGAAUUCUAGAACGUUAUAGGAAUAAAAUAUUUUUAUUCUUCAACACAAAUAUCUUAGAUUAUGUAGAUAGAGUAUCGAGCUUCAAAAAACGGCUCAACUUUUAGUCUUGUCUUGUCAAAUUAGCUGACUUGUUUUUUUUUUUAUCUAUAUAUUUACGUAUAAAAUGUAUUUUGACGUAUUAUUUAAUAAUUGAAUUGAGUUUUGAGAAUUGAACGCAUUAAAAAGAUGCAAAAAUUAUAAGACAAAAUAAAUAUAUAAGUUAUAAAGGAAUCACUCGUAACUAUUUAUCACGAAAAAUUGUAUGAAAAAGUUGACUAGUUUUUCUCGAAGCAUUUCUGUGGAGACACUCUAUGUAUAUAAUUUAAGGGAAAUACUUAAAAAAAUAUUAGGAUCGAUUCUAAAGUUGUUCUAUGUGUAAAACUUAAUAAAAUCAAUUUGUUACUACACCAGAAUCAGUAUUCUAAGAACCAGUAUAUACUAACCCUGUUAUUCAUAAAAAGUAAAGCUUCCUAAACCUAUUUUAGAUAUUGAAAUGUUUUGUUACUUUCUUUUAUAAAGUAAAAAAUAAACCUGAUCUGUUUUUUUUUCAUUUGCAUUAAAUUUAAUGCAAAAAAAAAAACAGAACAGGUUGCCUGGAAGAGAUCAUUAUUUAGCUAAAAGGCCGCCCAUUUUUACCUCUUUAUCUUGUUUCCAUGUAAUUAAGUAUUCAUUGUACCAGACGGAGACUUUGUACAAAAGUCAUUUGCUUGGCCACCUCUGUCCCAUUCGUGUUUCAACCGUGAAGCAGUUGUGUUAGCAUGGUUGUGUUUCGGUUUGAAGGGUGGGAUAUGGCGUGAAUUUAUAGGGUACAGAGGAAUAGCACUCGAGUACUUAGGAAUGUCAACGCAUGGGGGGUAUCAUGGGCGAAACAGUAUACUCUGUUAUGUCCAUGGUACUGCUCAUGUCUAUAGGCGAUGGUUACCACUUUCCAUCAGGUGGGCCGUCAGCUUGUUUGCCAUUCUGAGUGCAUAUUUUUAAUCUUUAUAAUAAAUAUCUUUCUUUGAUAGGUACAAUAGACACCUUUCAAGGACACGACCUUUAGUAAUGAAGAGGACGAAAAGAGAGAAGGAGAUAGGAACAAUAGAGUUUUUAUUCAUUCAUUAAAACAGUUCAAUAGCAAAAUAGGUUUAAAGUUUUUAUGAAUAAGAGGGUAUAUUUAUAAUGAAUUUAAAUCAGGACUAAGUAUUAUAUAUUAAAUUUUCUUCUUGUUGAUUCCUGAAUUGAUACUUUUGUAUUAUGCUGACCUCAUUGUCGAAAUUUAAA